AUGGCUGUCGAUAUCCUAGAUGAAGAUCAUUUCGCAAUAAGCGCCAUAGUAAUCGUAUCUAUGCAAGUGAUAUUUUUUAUAAUUGCAGCCACUUUCCAAAUGGAUAAAAUUACUGAUUUUGCUGGAGGCAUCAAUUUUAUAGUAUUAGCAUUACUUACCUUUUUCCUGGGACAAGGAAAGGUGCAAACAAAGAAAGGCUACGAUAGCCGACAACUUAUGGUUACUAUUUUCGUAUGCUUAUGGGGAAUGAGAUUGUCUGGAUAUCUUUUGUAUAGGAUAAUAAAAAUAGGAAGAGACAAGCAGUUUGAAGACAAAAAAAGUAACAAUAUACGUUUUGCAAUUUUUUGGACCUUUCAGGCCAUUUGGGUGUAUGUUGUGAGCUUGCCUGUGAUAAUUAUAAACUCUCCGAGACACGCAAUCCCAAUAGCACCUAAAACGAUGACCACUUUUGAUUCGGCAGGAACAUGCUUAUUUGUCAUUGGAUUUUUAGCUGAAACCUACGCAGAUUUGCAGAAAUUCUCGUUCAGGCAAGAUCCAGUUAAUCAGGGAAAAUGGUGCAAUGAUGGACUUUGGAGAUUGUCAAGACACCCCAAUUAUUUUGGAGAAAUUCUUUUAUGGUGGGGUAUUUUUGCAAUAUCCAUAAACGUAAUCCAGGGCGUUGAAUGGGUUGCAAUUAUGUCGCCGAUAUUUACGACUCUCAUAAUAUUGUUUUUGUCUGGAAUGCCCCUGCUAGAGAGAUCUUCAGACGAAAAAUACAGAGACAUCUCGGAUUACCGAUUUUACAAAUCUUCCACCUCGCCACUUAUACCAAUACCGCCUGCCAUAUACGUUGAGGUGCCCCGGUUCCUGAAAUUCCUGAUAUGUUGCGAAUACCCCAUGUAUGAUUCUCUCGACGAAAAAAUCAAAACAUCGCAUAUUAUUAAGGAAUCCACAAGCGCGUCCCUGGCGACAGCUUCGCAAACAUAG